AUGACAACACCGCUCAGAACCACAGAAACAUACUUCAGCAACACACUGCACAAAGCAGAGCUAGAAGAUCCCACCGAAGCUGUGAAGACUCUCAACAAGAUGGCAGCAAACAAUCUCAAGCAUAACAUCCAUCCCUGCACAGUUGCUAUCACCGAAGAGGAUGCGACACAGGACGAUGCUUAUGACGUUGAGAUCCUCGCCAUUCUGUUCUUAGAAGCAGUCGACUUGGACACGGGGUUUAUCGAUACCUUUUUGGUCGAAAAACUGCGCGACGAUAUCAAGACCAAACAGUCGGGCUUCAGAAUGCAAGGCUACGGGUCUGUAUACUGGGUCAUGGAGUAA